AUGGGAGACUUUGGAUGUGGAGAUGGAGGAUGGACGCUGAUCAUGAAGAUUAAUGGCAGUGAGGUAAAAAUUCAUCUGCGAGCAAAUUCACUAAUGAGAGAGAAGCGGCAAGGUGGAUGGCAAAAUCUGCGGCUAUUUCCUUGAAGAAACGUCAAGGGUCGUAAAGAGUUGCUUGUUUGCCCUCGCUGAGUGGGAGCUUGGAACAAGCUAUUACUGAGAUCUUAUUGAAAAUGAAAAUACAAAUUUUAUUCUUUGUUAUGAAUUUCAGAGAACAUUCCAUUACGAUUCCCAGUUUUGGAGCAACAGAAGUGCUUACAACCUUCGAGGAGGCAAGACUGGCUUUGACUUACAAGAGACAAAGUUACCGACCUUUUGGACCACAUCCUUCUCCAUGAUAUGCCUUGGUAUGAAGAUCGGUAAUCAGCUCAGAUUCAUUGUCAUCAACAAGCGGGCCGACUCUCUCCACUCCCUUAUUGCUGAUGGGAAAUACCGCAACACCUCACUGGGCCGUGAAACGUGGAAGUGGCUGAUUGGCUCACAGGCCUCCUUGCAGCCCAAAUGCAGUAAGGAAGGAUUCAAUGCGGUGGGAGACGACCCUAGUUUUUCAAAAGCAAGAAUCGGCAUCACCGCUAACCAGCAGAAUGACUGUUCCUCCUGUAACUCACGAAUUGGUUUUGGCACAGGAGGUCUAUAUGAUGAUUCCAACACGUGUGGAAAUGAGGCAACGCUCCAGCCAGAUAAUGGAAACAAGCACAUCAAAGCCAUAGGGUACAUCCCAGUACAGUGA